AUGGGUGUUUGUGUGACAAAAAUGGAAGCAUAUGAUCAUUUGAAAGUGGUAGGAUUUAUCAAGGGUUAUAAUAAUUGGAUAGCACAUGGAGAACUUUCAAACUACAAUGAAGCCACAUCUAAUUCUGAAAAUACAUCAAUUGGGGUUUCAAAUGGGACUAAUGACAUGCAAGACUUGGUCCAUGAUGUAUUUGGGAUACCACAUGGAACAAAUGAAUUGAAUAGAGAAGGGGACAUUCCUGUUUCAGAUGCUGAAAAAUUUUACAAAUUGAUUGAUGAUUCUCAACAGGAUUUGUACAGUGGUUGCAAAAAUUUCUCGAAAUUGUCUUUCAUUAUUCGUUUGCUUCACCUAAAAUGCCUGGGUAAGAUGAGUAACAAGAUUUUUAAUACGCUUGUUGAGCUGUUGAGAGAAGCAUUUCCAAAGGCCAUGACUAAUUUGCCUUCUUCUUACUAUGAGGCUGAGAAAUUGAUGAAUACAUUGGGGCUGGGUUAUGAAAAGAUCGAUGCAUGUCCUAAUGAUUGUUCUCUUUAUUGGGGUAGUGCUGAAAAAAGAACUUCAUGCGAAACAUGUAACGAGCUUAGGUGGGUUGCUUCAGAAAAUGAUCCAACUGGUGAAAAAAGGAAAAUUCCUCAAAAAGUGUUGUGGCAUUUUCCCUUAAAACCUAGAUUACAAAGACUAUUUAUGUCUUCUAAAAUUGCAUCUCAAAUGAGAUGGCAUGAGGAAAAACGUACAAAAGAUGGUUGUAUGAGACAUCCAGCUGAUUUUCCAGCUUGGCAAACUUUUGACCAUCUACAUCCAGAAUUUGCUAAGGAUUGUCGAAAUGUUAGAUUGGGGUUGGCAUCUGACGGGUUUAAUCCAUUCAACAACAUGAGUUCUACACACAGUACUUGGCCUGUAGUUUUAAUACCAUAUAACUUACCUCCGUGGAUGUGUAUGAAGCAACCGUACUUCAUGUUGUCCUUGUUAAUACCCGGACCAUCCUCUCCUGGGAAUAAUAUUGAUGUUUAUCUACAGCCUCUAGUUAAAGAAUUGACCGAAUUGUGGGAUUUUGGCAUUCAAACUUAUGAUGCAUCCCAAAAAGAAAAUUUUCAAUUGCAUGCAGCUCUGUUGUGGACCAUUAGUGAUUUCCCUGGAUAUGCAAUGUUAUCUGGCUGGAGCACUAAAGAUAGUAAGCAUAAAUUUAGAAAGCAAGCCCAAUUCUUUGAUGGCACCGAAGAACAUGGAAAGCGACCACCAUUGCAAACCGGGGAUAUGAUUGUGAGUGAAUUGGGAGACUUGCAAAUUAAAUUUGGAAAACUUGUGAAAGGUAAUCCGAAGCUGCCUUUCAAUUGGAAAAAGAGGAGUAUUUUCUUUGACUUGCCAUAUUGGAAAGAUAAUGUCUUAAGACACAAUCUUGACUUCAUGCACAUUGAGAAGAAUGUUUGUGAAAAUAUUUGGGGGACAUUGCUGGAUAUUGAGGAUAAAGCAAAGGACCAUUAUAAUUCCCGCCGUGAUUUGAGAGAAAUGGGAAUAAGAAAAGAGCUGCAUCCCAUUGAGACAGAACCUGGAAAGGUGUACUUACCUCCAUCUUCCUUUGCAAUGGAUAAAAAACAGAAAACUAUGUUUUGCAAUGUGCUAAAAAAAGUGAAAGUUCCAGAUGGUUAUGCAGCUAAUGUCUCAAGAUGCGUUCGACAAUUGAUGCCUAUAGCUUUGAGAAAGACUUUGCCAAAAUCAGUGCGCUAUCCUUUGAUUCGAUUGAGUAGAUACUUCAGGCAGCUUUAUUCUAAAGUUAUUUGUCCUCAAGAUGUGGUUCGUUUGGAAAGUGAAAUUGCCGUCAUACUCUGUGAUCUUGAGAAAUGCUUCCCACCAACCUUCUUCGAUGUCAUGGUGCAUUUAGUUGUUCAUUUGGCAACUGAAGUGAAAUUAGGUGGCCCGGUGUAUUAUCGUUGGAUGUAUCCUAUAGAGAGGUACUGCUUGUAA